GGCGGGCCGGGGCGGCCGGGGGCGGAGGCGGCGGGCGGCCGGGGCUGGGGAGGCCGCCGCCUCCCUGGGCCUGCCGGGGCGGCCGCCUCCGCGAUGCCGCUGCUGGUGGAGGGGCGGCGAGUGCGGCUGCCGCAGUCCGCCGGGGACCUGGUCCGAGCCCACCCGCCGCUGGAGGAAAGAGCCAGACUUCUCAGAGGUCAGUCUGUUCAGCAAGUGGGACCCCAGGGCCUUCUGUAUGUUCAGCAAAGAGAGCUUGCAGUGACCUCCCCAAAGGAUGGCUCCAUCUCCAUUCUGGGUUCUGAUGAUGCUACCACUUGUCACAUUGUGGUCCUGAGGCACACAGGUAACGGGGCCACCUGCUUGACACACUGCGAUGGAUCCGACACCAAAGCCGAGGUCCCCCUGAUCAUGAACUCCAUAAAGUCCUUUUCCGACCACGCUCAGUGUGGAAGGCUGGAAGUGCACCUCGUGGGAGGCUUCAGUGACGACAGGCAGUUGUCACAAAAACUUACUCAUCAGCUUCUUAAUGAAUUUGACAGACAAGAAGAUGACAUUCACCUAGUGACACUGUGUGUGACAGAAUUAAAUGACCGGAAAGAAAAUGAAAACCAUUUCCCCAUCAUUUAUGGCAUUGCUGUCAACAUUAGAACCGCAGAGAUUUACAGAGCCUCCUUCCAAGACCGAGGCCCCGAAGAGGAGCUGCGGGCUGCACGCGCUCUCACAGGCGGACCCAUGGUUAGCAUUUAUGAUGCAAAGGCUGAACAACUUCGUAUAGGACCGUACUCAUGGAUGCCAUUUCCACAUCUGGAUUUCUGGUUGCAGCAAGAUGAUAAGCAAAUACUAGAGAACCUUUCUACUUCGCCUCUGGCUGAGCCCCCCCACUUUGUUGAACACAUUAGAUCUACCUUGAUGUUUUUAAAAAAAUACCCAUCUCCAGCUAACACACUGUUUCCUGGAAAUAAAGCUCUGCUCUACAAAAAAAAUGAAGAUGGCUUAUGGGAAAAGAUCUCUUCUCCAGGAAGCUAAAACAGGAUUUACCAAAGAAAGCGACUUUCUGGCACAAGACCACCGGGGUGGGGGGCUAGCGGGGAGCUGGAGAGAAUCUGGAACCCACUCUGCUGAGUCUUAGGUCUCCUCCCUCCUCAGUCUUUCAAAUGAUUUUCAAAAUAAAAUCUUAUUUUGGCAAAGGCAA